AGGGCGACGCCAAGGCUGGCGCGGCCGCGAGCGCCACGGAGAAGCAGCUGCGGGGCCACGAGCGGCCGGUGACGAUGAUCACGUGGAAUCGUGACGGGAACCUCAUCUUCACAUGCGGGAAGGACAAGAUUGUCUGCGUGUGGAGCUUCCCCGAGGGGGAGCAGCUGGGCACCUACACGGGCCACCAGGGGGCCGUGUGGGCGUGCAGCGUCACGGCCGACUCCAGGUGGCUGGUGACGAGCGGCGCGGACCGGCUGGUGAUCGUGUGGGAGGCGAGGACGUCGAGGGAGCUGGCCCGGGUGGAGCUGCCCGGCGUGGUGCGCUUCGUGGAGUGGGCGGGCGGCGCAGGUGGCGCAGCCAAUCCGCCCGUCAGCGAGCGCUUCGCGACGUGCCACAACAGAUUCGGCGGCCACCCGCCCGCCGUCACGGUGUGGCGGUUCAACGGCAACGACCCGAGCGUGCAGACGAACGGCAAGGCGAUAGAGGAGCUGCUGCAGAUCACCACUCUGCCCACCGCCGCCUGCCAGGUGAAGUGGGGCCGUGGUGACUAUCUCGUGGCCAGCGCGCACGACAACGGCGAGCUCGUGUUCUGGCGCUCGGACACGGGCGCGGAGGUCAAGAGACUCAAGGCACACGACCAGGGCAUCUCCCGGUUCGAGUUCAACCACGACCGCGAGCUGGUGGCCACCGUGUCGCACGACGCUUCGGUCAAGAUCUGGGACGUGGGCAAGGGCUCUGACUGGGGCCUCUUGUACACCAGCCAGACGGACAGGGCGCUGAACGCGGUCGCCUUCGGCCCGCUGGCGCACGCGGCCGCGGUGGGCGACGCCGCGAAGCGGCCAGACAAGGUCUGCAUUAUUUGCGCUGGCGGCCAGGACGCGCGGGACGUGGCCCUGAGCGGCACGGCCACGGAGCAGUUCGGCACUCUGCUGUUCAAGCUGGGCAAAGAGCCCACGCCGUGCGCGCUGGAGGCGGACGGCGUGACCAAGGGGCACUUCGGCCCGGUGCACACGCUGGCCUUCGCCAGGGACGGCUCCGCCAUCGCCUCCGGGUCCGAGGACGGCUGCGUGCGCACCCUGCUUUUCGUCGAGGCCGCGCAGCCCGCGCCCUGACGCGCCCCGACGAGCGCUCGGCCGCGGCGCGCGCCGCCCCGCCGCGCCCGGGGGUCGGGUGCUGCCACAGGCAGCCCUCGUCUCGAUUUCUCUCCGGUUCGAUUCGGUGGGCGCCUGGGCGUGAGCCAUUCUUGGGCCGCGAGCGAGGGGCCAGCGCACCGAGAAGACCGGGCGCGCAGGAGCCGUUCUCAUCUUCCUCGCGGCGGGGUCCGCCGUGACGCCUGCAUACUGAUCCUGGGUGGGGGGGGCGUCGCCCGCUCGUCGGAGGGCACCAACUAUACACCACACCCGUUCCGGCUUCCCUCUUCUUGGUUUUGGCUGCCCAGAGGGUGCUGCGCGCGGCGGGAAGGAAAACUCA